GUAGCGGCUGGGUCUGGUCAUCAGGUGCGGCAGCUUACGGACGAUCACCUCGAUUAUUGUGGGCGUCUCUUGUUAACGAGAGAAGGAUUGCCUGCCUUUAUAAUCUCUGCUGAAGAAUCGGCUGGAGCUUAGUGGACGCCGAGAGGGCUUGCGCUGGGCUGCCGUGGGGCGGGCAUGAGACGCGGCGGAACCGAUUCACCUACCGAAGCAGCUUGAUGAUGGUACGAAGGCUACUGCUCAGAUGUCGGCGGCCAGGGCGAACAUUCGGAGGAGGGCGCAAAAGGGGGAGGUCACCCACUUUCCUCAAGCUGGCGCUCAUGGCCACAGUGGCUCUCGGUGUUGUUCUCACCCUACUUCUCGGGGUCGUGUGGUCGCGGCGUAGACGACAAGACCGGGACGUGGACCAGUUCAUCGAGAGCUUUCAGCACAUGUACGACGAGGGGAAGCGGCAGGGGGGGUCGGCAGCCGGGGGGGCGGNGGGGGGGGGGGGGGGGGGGGGGGGGGGGGGGGGGGGGGGGGGGGGGGGGGGGGGGGGGGGGGGGGGGCGGGGGGGUUGGUGGGAGGCAUUACCGUGGAAGGGAACUCCGAGAUCGUCCGGCGGUACGACCCAAAAGCCAUGGUAUUCGUCGACCCGAAGCUGCGGCGCACGUACGGCCACGAAGGAGAGAAGGGGAGACAUAAGCGCCACCUCUUCAUGGAGGUCCACGACAUGGCGAAGGUCAAGGGGAGGCCGCUGCUCACCCUUCAGCAGCUCAUGGCCAUGCCAAGCAGCUAUGACCCUUCGGCCACCAACGCCAUGUCUGACACCACCAUCAUCCUCAAUCAUUGGACUCGGACCACCCUAACGGAGCAGCUGGACGCGGUGCUUCGGCUGACCGUUCACCCCGCCGGCGGCGUGUGGGUGUGCGCCUUCAACUCGCCGCGGGAGGCCGAGUACAGGGCGGUGGUUGAAAGCUACCGAUCGAAGUUCGGGGGGGAUCGAGGGGGGGGGCUCUUCUUCGUGGCGUCGUCGUUCAACUUCAAGUACUACGGAAGGUUCCAGAUGGCGCUCCAGGCCCGCACCAAGUACGUGUGGGUCAUCGACGACGAUGUGAUGCCCGGUCGCCACUUUCUUCACCAGCUCAAUCACAUCGCUGGGAUAUACGAGGCUGAAGGGGCCGAUGGGACUAUCGGACCGAUGGCGCUCGGCUCCGUGGGGUGGAUCAUGCCCGGGGUUAAGACCACGGAGAAGUACUACAGCUACAGGUACCAUACCGACAAGGGGGGGCUCUUCCUGCCGGACAAGCGCUACGGCAUCCCUGUGCCCCACCUGCAGGAGGUCGAUUUGCUAUGCAGCCACUGGUUCGUGGAGACUGGCUGGGUGAAGCUGCUGUUCCGAGAGAAGUGGGAGACCCCGCAAACGGGAGAGGACUACAUGCUUGCCUACUCGCUGCGCAAGCACGCCGGGGUGCGGUCGUUUGUUUUACCCAUGGACCUUGGCGACAGCGAGACUUGGGGCAACGUAGACGUGAACUGGAAGAUGCAACACCAGGGGGGCGAGGCGACCACGCUCCGCAGCACGGUGCCCAUGCGCGACCGCAUCUGGCACCGCCUGUUCAAGCGGGGCGGCGAGUACUUCAUGUCCCUGCGCUACGCCUCUCGCCCGAGGCCGCUGCUGCUCGUGGUCGACGGCGCCUUCGACGCGCAGGCCCUCCGCGCGCUCUUCCUCGUGCUCCAGGACUCGUACCCGCCCACGAGCGGCGGCGCGGCCGCCGCUACCGCCGUCGCCGGCGGCGGCGCAACUUCCAACAACCUCGAAGAAGAAGAAGAAGCGUCUGCGUCAUCGGGGGUGGGGGUUCCGCAGCGCCCUCCCCGGGUGGUCCUCACGGGGCGAGGAGGGGGCUCAGCGAGCUGCUCGCUGGCGGCCAGGGACCUGGGGAACUCGAAGGACGGGCGCGCUAGCGGCGGCGGCGCCACGCUUUGCGACCCGGACACGUUCGCCUCGGCGUGGAACCUGGUGGCCGGGAGGCACUUCCCCCGGCAGGGCACGAGCAGGAGCGGUGGCAGCGGCGGCCGGGACCACGUGCUCAUGGUCGACCUCGCGCUGGGUCUGGCGGGGGCCGUGAGCACGGUCAAGCCGCUGGCGAUCGUCAGCGUUGCCGGGACGGGGCCUUCCGCGGGCACCCCCGGCGGGGUGGGCGGGGGCGGGGCGGCGAUCGACGAGGCGGUGGCGGUGGUGGCCGGGCAGGCCGGGGUGCCGGUGGUCCGGCUGCCGAGACGGGCAAGCGCGAGCGCGGCCGCGCUGUGGCUGUCGAGACUGACGCCCAAGGCGUUCCGGGCGUGGCACAGGCCGCAGGUGGACAUCGUCGUGGUGUACGAGCCGCCGCCGACUAACGGCGGCAAUGGCGGCGGCGGCGGCGGCGGCGGCGGCGGCGGCGGCGGCCACACCGAAGCGCAGCUGGAGGCGCUUCUGAACAGCAUCUCGGAGGCUCACUACCUGGGCGAUAGCGUGGGGAUGACGAUAGCGGUCGCGUCGGGACCCGUCCCGGAUAGCGUCGGGGACGAGUCCUUCCCCUGGCCACGUGGCCGCAAGACCGUGCGCGGCGGAUCCCUUUUCCCUUCCAAGCCAGCCGACCUCGUCGGCGGUUCAGCAUCUCCGGCGACCCUCGCUCUGCGAUCGUGGAUGCCUCGUGGCGACAAGGAGGAGGACAGUUUCGUGGUGGUCCUCGAGGCGGACCGGGUCGUGAGCCCCCUCUUCUACUCGUGGCUGAAAGUGGCGGUGCUGGAGACGAGCUACGGGGGGGCGGCGGCACCGAAGCGGUCAGUCUCCGACCGCCAGCCGGCGGCGGCAGCGGGGUCGAGGGGAGGCGUUUGCGUACCCGGCGACGCACGGGGGAAAGCAGGCGGCGGCACGUGGCUGAUGCCCGCCGGUCACUGGCGGGCGGCGCAGGCCCGUUGUCUGAGAAACAAAGACGGCUUCGAAGGAGGAGGAGGAGGACGACCCGGGACAGGGUGCGAAAGCACGAUUUACCCGCAACCGUCCGAACGAGUGCUUUGUCCGAUAGUGACGGAGCCGGGCGAGGCCCUGGUAGGGAGGACUGGUGCGGACGGGGCGCUCUUGGACGGAUGGCCGAAAGACUUGAUGGAGAACGGGGAUGCUCUGGCAAGCUUCGUCGAGCGUGUUCUGUUUCCGUAGGGGCGAUGGCGGUGGGAGGGGGUUGGGGAUCGGUGUCCACCGGUGUUGGCGUGCAACACGCGAUGGGGGUGAGACCGAUUGCGGGCAUAGGCUGAAGGAGAACGGCCCGGAAUUCUGUUGGAGCAGCUGUAGUUGUUGCAUUUUUGCCGUUCGGUUGUGCCCUCAUCCUUUGUUGUCUCUGCUUAACUACAUUUGUCGGCAUGAAAUUUGGUGUGCGCACCUUCCGAAGUUUGAGUUUAAUCGUGUGAUAUUGUUGUGUACUAUUUAUGUAUGCUCGUGUCUAUGUGUGAAAGUUUGUAAAGGAGUCUAUAUUUAUCGAAACAGGCAUUUUUUUUUGUAGCUUACCAAGGUGUAUCCAUACACGACGUGUGGUUAAGUGCCUGUGGAUACGUCUUGACGUGUGCUGUUGCGCUGUUGAUGAUUUUGACUUGACGGGGUGAGUGAUUUAGUGCUGAAUUGCUUGUGCGAAGUUGGAACACAUUUGUUCUGCCGUCCCUGCGUAUUGCGUAAGAACGCAGGCAAGCAGCAGCACUCGCCCGUGCGUUGGAAACCCCUUCCGGGAUAGGAGCUCGCGGUGCAACACAGCCAGCCUAGUCAACCGCUUUGGGGUCCCCGAUACGUGUGCGUGAGUACAGUGUAAAUUCCGGGACGACACCAUAGCCCUGUUGUACGCCUGGCCUAGACAAUCAUUAUUAUUUUUUUUUCGUGGGGUUUUGUGUGUUGUCAAGUGUUUGUGUUCGUUUUUGAUUUUGUGAGGGCAUAUUGUGCGCGCUGUCGCAACAGGAGAGCCUGAUAAAUAACGGGGUCCAAUACCUGACGCAAAGUGAGGAGCAGAAAAGUUCAUUUUCGCUUUGUUUGUUUCAUGUUACUGUGAAAGUAGGGGGUAAUUCCCUGACACGACACGAAUGUUGAAGCUCGUGGCGUGACGAUCAGCAGGACAAGGGGAUCUUAGUGUCUGCUUCCUUGUCAAAGUCGCUGCUUAUACCCCAACCUCUUUGCUGUGGGCCCGAACGGUGUGAGGAAACAUCUGGCUUAUUGUAAGUGCCACGAACAUAUUUGGUCGGCGACAGCAGUUACAGAUUGUGACAGAUGGAGAAGGGUUUUGCUAGUUGAGGUAUAGUGAGGAGUAUCUCAAGACAUCACAAGAGAGUGAAUUGGAGGCAGAAAGAUCAGGGUCCGAAGGCAGGAACACCUGGCAUACAGACCUGAUGAUAGAGCCUCUCGAUUGGUACCGAGGUCGAUGGGCAAGUUUUCUCGUAUCUCUGCUGACGAGUAUAACGUGAAGAGAGCAAUGGGUGCCCCGUUGAUUGCAUGUUGCAGGGAACAGUGUCUCCCCCCCACUAAACGCCAUACCUGGUACUUACGGUAGUCGUAGUGGAUUGGCGACCAGAUCCCGUUGUUCUACAAAUAGCUGUGGCCGCUUUUGGUCCCCCGACCUCUGAGGGAGAGAACAAACGCACACAAAACUUCGCAAUAUUGAUUCGAGAAGGGAAGCUACCAGCAAUACACCGAUCGAUGUGUUUUGGACAUGGAAACACAAUCAUUCCCGCGCCGGAUUGAUCUGCGUGUGUUGGAAGUGUGCGUCCUCGACAAGCUUGUUCGCAAGGGUCAGCCCCGCCGAUGUUCUGCCACAACAGUAGUUUCGACCGGGCAUCUCUCUUAUCUUUCGUGUGCGGCGACGCGCGGGCGGGGCUCGU